AUGGUGCGCGUCUGUCUCCCCCAACCGCCGCACCGACAGUGGGCGAACAUUUCCAGGGUGGCCGACCUCUGCCUGCCUACCAGGCGAGGAGGUCCGUGCUCCGCUCUUGAGAAGUCACCUCAGCAGGUUGAGGUGUCCCUGCCCCUGGACGACCUCCGGAACCUCGGCCAGGACGACGUCGACGACAUGGUGGUGUACAGGAGGGACACGCCCACCAUGGCCAAGCUCAGCGCGCUCGACUUGAUGAGCAAAGAGUUCGCGACGGCGGCCUUGAGUGGCGGCGCGGCCGGCGACGGCGCCGUGCCCAGGGUGGCCGACGACCGAAACACUUCGCGAGGCGAGCUGCGGCCCGCCAUGGACAGGUUCAACACCCUGGCCAGGCUGACCAGCCAGCAGGAGGACGAGCUCCUCCUGGAGGCGCCUCACCGGGACUCCUUCCGCUCGGCGAUGCGCCUGCCCGUCCUCAUCGGCCAGUGCUUCUCGCUGCUGCCGACGUCCUCCAAGCCCGACAUUGUGCCAAGGUUCCGCGUCGCCUCGCUGCGCGUCCUGUACAGCGCCCUGGUGACGCUGGGCCUCUUCUGCAACGCCAUCCUGUCCAUCGUCUACGUCGUCCGGCAUCGGAGCGAAGAGAACACCCUCACGGCGUCCAGCUCGUGGGUGUUCUACGUGAGCGCCACCACGGUGUCGGUGCUGUACCUGCGGCUGGCCGUGCAGUGGCGCGGCAUGUGCGUCGUCUUCCGGCGCGUGGAGCACGUCAUGAAGAGUGUGGGCCACCCGCCCCGCCUGCGGCAGCGCCUCCACGGCGUCACCAUCACCGUGCUCAGCCUCGCGCUGCUCGAGUACUCCCUGGCCGUAAUGAAAGGCAUAUUUCUAAUGGACCUGAAGAAGUACAAAUCGCUCAGCGAAUUUCUUUACGACUACUUUGCCGGCAGCUACAGCCAUCUUUUGCUCCUGUUCCCGUACAGCCCGAUGCUGCUGGUCGUGAUCCAGGCGCUCAACACGGCGGCCACCUUCAUGUGGAACUACAACGACCUGUUCAUCAUGCUCACCAGCAUCGCCAUCGCGCAGCGGUUCAAGCUCCUCAACCAGAAGCUGCACGACAGUCCGCGCGAGGAGAAGACGGUGACCUUCUGGAAGCGCGCCAGAGAGAUGUACAACUCCCUGGCCGUGCUGACCCGCGAGGUGGACAAGAUCCUGUGCGUGCAGAUCCUCUUCUCCUUCAUGAACAACCUGUACUUCAUCUGCAUGCAGCUGCUGCGUACCGUCAAACAAGACAACAACACGUCGACCCUGCAGAGCCUCUACUUCGCGUACUCGUUCGGCUUCCUCGUGCUGCGCACGGCGGCCGUGUCGCUGUUCGCCGCCUCCAUCAACGACGAGAGCAAGAACGUCAAGAAGAUCCUGUACUCGGUGUCGUCCGGCAGCUACUGCGAGGAGGUGGACCGGUUCAUCAUGCAGGCCACCACGGACGACAUCGCCCUGACGGGGCUCAAGUUCUUCAGCGUCACCCGCUCGUUCCUGCUCACGGUGGCGGGGACGAUCGCGACGUACGAGAUCGUGCUGGUCCAGUUCAACGGGAACAAGAAGGUCUCCUGACGGGCUGGCGCGGCCGAGCGGCGGAGCGCGCCACGUGCAUUUUGUGAUAUGUCAUUUUUGGCUGUGCGGGGCCUGCGGCUUGAGGCCUGCGGGCUCACUACGUGUCUCCAGUCGGUGUCGCGGCGUCCACCGAAACCAGAGUGUCUCAUUUUGUAUUCACCCCAAUUCUUUUUGUCUGCGGGCGAUUUUGCCCGAAUAAUAAAAGGAAUGACCUUGUUGUGGCGACUGUGAGACCCGACUUCCUCGGGAAGUACCUGUCACUGGGGCUCGUUGAGCGAUGGCCGGCGUGGCCGGCGUGGCCGGCACAACACGACAACAAAGUAUUUAGCAAGUGUCAGCCCCACUGUGAGACAGAUAAACAG